CUUUGCGAGUAAAAUCAAAGAUCGUCUGAGUUUAGUGUCGUUUGUGUACACAAUUUGUCACGAAUACCCCCCACAACGUUAACCUUCAUGGUCUGUAUACCCUUAUUCUUAACUUUCAAGGUUGUUGGACACAACUCGUCCUUUGAAGCUGCGUUGUUGACAACAGCACAUCUCAAGCGUCCCUGGUGACGAGACAGAAUGACAAGUGAAUAUCGACCAUGCGUCCUGUUGCUGGUAUCGCUAACAGUGGUUCCAUUCCUGCUGUAUUACACAUCAGGGCGUCUUCUUCCUGGUGAUAUGUUGCCCUGGAGUAAACUGGCCCGUAGAAAUACUAGCAGCUCUCUCCUCAAGCUUGAAGAAGCAGGCAGUGACUACAGUGGAAGACUUGAGGGCGUUACCGGUACUGCAAACGUAUCCAUGGAAAAGCCGAAAGCUGGGGGAACAAGGGCAUUACAGGAAUUUGCUGUUUACGCUAAGCACAUACCGAAGGAAUCGGAUGCCCUGAAGAAGUUCUUAGACGACCAGGCAGCUGUGCAGUCCAUACCGACGGAGGCACCUGGAUGGGUCUAUAACAAAACAGCUGCAGAUUUAUUUCGGAACAGGAUCGUAAGCGACAGUCGCUAUGUGAACGGAAGCUUUCUGGUCACACAGGGAAACGUUGUGAAGAGCGUUCUAAAGACCUACGGCACGAAACCCACGAUCGUCAAGGUGCCACCAGACGUCUUCAAAGGAUUACCUAAAGAAAGUCCGUUCAAGAACAAACGCUUCAAUACUUGCAGCGUUGUGGGGAACGGAGGGAUACUAAAGGGAAGCGGCUGUGGAAAAGAGAUAGACGCCUCUGAGUUUGUGUUCAGGCUCAACAUGGCUUCAAUGGACGAGAAAUAUUUGGAUGACAUUGGGAAGAAAACCAAUCUGAUUACCAUCAACCCUUCUAUGAUCGGAUACAGAUACAAAAGUCGAAGAGGAAAAAUUGUGACAUUAAACACUAGAGCCUGGAUGUCUGACCUGUCAGUAUACGGAGACAGCUACCUCUGGAUCUGGGCCUUUGAAAGUCCCACGCACGCAAAUUGUGCCUUCCAAGCACAGCGGGCUCUGCAAGGAAACAGCGCCCGGAACCAAGUCAUCUUACCAUAUCCAAGUCCGACAGGAUCGAUGAGAUCGUUUUGGAAAGAAAAUGGCAUCACGGCGAAGAAGCCGUCGUCAGGUCUGCUGUUGGUGAGUUCGGCCACACAGAUGUGCGAAGAGGUGCGCCUGUACGGCUUCUGGCCCUUCCACUCCGACAGGAACAACAGACGCCUGACUGAGCAUUACUACGACAAUGCCCUACCCCGAAGUGCUCACAGAGUACCUGAUGAGUUCAGGCAACUGCAGCGUCUCCACAACACCGGGGUUCUUCGUCUGACAACCCACGCAUGUCAAUGAGCGGACAAUGUGUAUGACUAGAAAGGCAACAUUUUUUGUAAAAAUGCAGAAUGUUUUCCUCUAGCAUGGUAUCAAGCUACUACACACAAUACUAUACCAUAAGGCUCGUACCAAAGUAGUGUGUGCGAGUGGAAAAAAAUUAGGGCAAUGAAUGGGGUAUCUGAGUAGCCUGACGUGAUAGCCAGCCCGGGUAGACAUUCCAUCCUUUCCGUAAGUCGGAAGAAAGAAAGAAAAAGAACACA